GUUUGAUUAUCCAGAAGGUUCAGUGGCACAUCCUCAGGAGCCUCACCAUUCCACAGAGAAGCCAGUCAUCCACUGCCAUAAAUGUGGGGAGCCAUGCAAAGGAGAAGUUCUUCGGGUCCAGGCCAGGCAUUUCCACAUCAAAUGCUUUACCUGCAAAGUGUGCGGGUGCGACUUAGCUCAAGGUGGCUUUUUCAUUAAGAAUGGAGAUUACCUUUGUACUGUGGAUUACCAGCGGAUGUACGGGACCCGAUGCAAUGGCUGUGGGGAGUUUGUGGAAGGAGAAGUUGUAACUGCUCUUGGGAAGACCUAUCAUCCUAACUGCUUUGCCUGCACUGUAUGCAAACGUCCUUUCCCACCAGGAGACCGGGUUACCUUUAAUGGAAGAGACUGUCUCUGUCAAAUGUGUGCUCAGCCUAUGUCAUCCAGCCCAAAAGAACUCUCCAGUUCCAGCAAUUGUGCAGGCUGUGGAAGAGAUAUAAAGAAUGGACAAGCAUUACUAGCACUGGAUAAGCAGUGGCAUCUGGGAUGCUUCAAAUGCAAGGCCUGUGCAAAAGUCCUGACUGGAGAAUACAUCAGCAAAGAUGGUGCACCUUACUGUGAAAAGGACUAUCAGGUUCUCUUUGGUGUCAAAUGUGAAGCAUGCCACCAGUUCAUCACUGGGAAAGUCCUAGAGGCAGGGGACAAGCAUUACCAUCCAAGCUGUGCACGAUGCAGCAGAUGCAAUCAGAUGUUCACAGAAGGAGAAGAAAUGUACCUGCAAGGUUCUACAGUUUGGCACCCUGACUGUAAACAGUCCACAAAGGGUGAAGAAAAGCUAAGGCUGUUUUCACCACCUUGUAUAAUGAACUCCAUCAAAAAACUAAGGCAGCCUACAAGAACAUCUUUGGAAAGUAUUUAUUCCAGGCCUGGAUCCAGUAUACCUGGCUCACCAGGCCAUUCAAUCUAUGCAAAAGUAGACAAUGAGAUCCUUGAUUAUAAGGAUUUAGCAGCCAUUCCCAAAGUCAAGGCCAUUUAUGACAUUGAGCGUCCAGACCUAAUUACUUAUGAGCCCUUCUACACUUCCGCCUACGAGGAGAGACAGGAGAGGCAGAGUCUUGGAGAGACUCAGAGUUCAAGAUAUGGCAGUUCUCCUGUGCACGAUGAAAGUUCUCCAAGGACACUCUCUCCAACUCCAUCUGCAGAAGGAUAUCAGGAUCUUCGGGAUCGGAUGAUACACCGGUCUACCAGCCAGGGGUCCAUUGGUUCUCCUGUGUACAGUCGUCACAGCUACACUCCCACAAUGUCACGUUCACCACAACAUUUUCACAGACCUGAUGCGGCUCCAUUCUACAUAGGCAAUGAGCCGUCCAGCGGUCGGAACUCCCCUGCCCCUUACCGGCCAGACAGCCGCCCUCUAACACCAACUUACGCUCAGGCCCCUAAACAUUUCCAUGUUCCAGAUCAAGGCAUCAAUAUUUAUAGAAAACCUCCUAUCUACAAACAGCAUGAUGCAGCUGCCCUGGCAGCCCAGAACAAGUCUUCCGAUGAUAUCAUCAAGUCCUCCAAGUUCCCAGCAGCCCACGCUCCAGCACCCAACGAGAUUCCAAAGAUUGAGACAGAAUACUGGCCAGGUCCACCCGCACUUGCGGCUGUAGUAGGUUCUGACAUGCGCCGCAGAUCCACUGGCAGAGAUGAAGAUCUUGAGGAGCUUCAGAGACGUCGGCAGCUACAGGAGGAACAACUAAUGAAGCUCAACUCAGGUCUGGGACAAUUGAUAUUAAAAGAAGAAAUGGAGAAGGAAAGGUCUUCGCUUCCCAGCAGCCGUUAUAACUCUCCAGUUAAUUCAUCUCCACAUGCAACUGCUUCCAAAACCUCUUCCCUUCCUGGCUAUGGAAGAAAUGGACUUCAUAGGCCGGUCUCUACAGACUUUGGUCAGUACAACAGUUAUGGGGAUGUGAGCAGCGCUGCUCGAGAUUUUCAGUCCCUCCCAGAUGGUCAUGUCCCUGGAAUGCGAAUGGACCGAGGAGUGUCUAUGCCUAACAUGUUGGAACCAAAGAUAUUCCCCUAUGAACUGCUCAUGGUGUCCAACAGAGGGCGAAGUAAAAUUCUACGAGAAGUGGAUAGAACCAGGCUGGAGCGUCACUUAGCACCUGAGGUUUUCCAAGAAAUAUUCGGCAUGACGAUACAGGAAUUUGAUAAAUUACCUCUCUGGAGACGCAACGACAUGAAGAAGAAAGCCAAACUCUUCUGAAUCCCAUUCUCUCCUUUGGAGGGGAGAAAAUACCACAUAUAGGAUAAUGUAUCAUACUUAAGUUCAAACGCUUUUUGGAGAGCAACCACGAGAGAGAGAGAGGGGGGAAAUGGGGGUUAAAGGGAAAAUCUGAGAAAGGCACCUAUAUAUUCCAUGCAGUUGUGCAAAGGCCUUACAAGCUUGCCAGAGAGUUGUGACCCAAAAAUGUUGACGUUCUAAAUCUCAGCAGUGGUCUUUAUGCAUUAUAAAGUUUUUACAUGGCAUCAAUACAUAAUGUGGAGCUGCUCUGCCCUCCCUCGUUUCCCUUCACUUUUAUUUAAAGGUCAAGGGGCAAUGCUGAUAGAGCCAGGAAGUGCCAAUAGGAUGCCAACCCACAAUUAUGUCAUCAUGGUCUCUCCAAGGAAUGAAUGACUAUAUUCUGUAGCUAACGAAGGAAUCCUGUGUAAUAUAUUUAUCCUUUGGGCACAGCCAUUACAAUUAAUUGGCCUUGCCUUCAAAUGGCCUAUUAUUGUUGCAGUGCCCAUCAGCAAAGCAGGCCACUGAGCCAAAGUUCUGCUGCAUACCAGCCAAAUUCUUUGCAAGGAAACUCCCAGCUUGCACUUGCGCACAUCUGCUAGGAAUCUUCAGAACAAAUUAUCUUAUUUUGUUGUCAAGUCUUCUCUCCUCCCUUUGUCCGGCUUUAAGCGAGUUUGCUAAGUGUUAACAAGAGCAGCAAGCCAAAAAUGAAAGAGUUGGUUUUCUCGUUCUGUGUUGAGAAAAGCAUUUCCAAAGUGAAAUACAGGUGUAGGCUUAAUUCAGAUGCUACUUGUGCCAUGUGGCAAUCUAUGGGGCAUGGUCUAGCCACAUGCUGCUUUGGUAAUGUUUCUAAAGGACUAGUAUGUGGGCUCUUGCAAUUAUGUUGUUGCUUCCCAUGCUGUCACCACCUGUUAUGAUGUCUAGCAGAUGGGAAAUAAUCACAUCACCCCUGCAAAGAUGGCUCAACCCUGCAAACAUCAAUAGUGUGGGAUGGGACCUGACUACACCAAAGCAAGUUCCAUCCCAUUACAAAGGGAAUGACUGAAUCAGGGCUACUGUCGCCUAUACCAGCAUACAUCCACUGGCGUGCUGUACAGUUGAACUCCAGAAUGUCUGUGACAAGAAAAUGAUAUUUAAUCCACUUUGUAGAGGAGAUGCUAUGAAACAUGAAUUUUGCUGCUAAAAAAUGACAGAUCAGCCACUUUCUUGGAUGCUUUGAUGACACAGCACACUAUCAAGUUAAGUAAUGGCCUGAUUUGCACAUCAUGCUAAGCCAAAUCAUGGCUUAGUCAGUGCAACUGUACAUAUUCCCAGAGAGGAGACCGCAGUGACUUUGCUCCUCCCUGGUCCUUGUAGUGCUGUGCUAAGCUAAACCUUGCCUUGGGUCAUCUGAACCCAGGCUCGAGGUUUAGCUCUCCUGAGUAAACCAUGAAUCAUAGGGCAAAUCUGGGUUGCAACUUCUGGUUAAGUCUGGAGUGAGCUAAACCACAAGCCUGGGUUCAGACGACCCAGUGAGCCAUGCCUUUGCUUAGCACAGUGUGGCAUGGCAGCAGGACCAUGGAGAAGUGAAGCACUCCUGGAGCCCAUGCAUCUGGCUUAGCAUGACAUAGGAACCAGGCUAGUGUUUGAUUUGGUUUUAUUCAGGCAACUACAGGCUCAUCCAUAGUUAGGGCGCUUGGGUUUUCUUUUUUUGUAAUAUUUCAAAGCUGCAGCCUAGGCUAUUUGCUUUAUUUAUCCUCAGUGCCUAGAAGAAGGAACGCCUAAGACAGUUUCUGAAUUCAGUGAUGCUCCCUCAUCUACAUGCAGUCCUGAGCAUUGUGUGAAGUGGCCCCCAUCUAGCAGAACUGCUUAGAGGGCUGUGCAUAUUCUGUUCAUUUCAGAACAGUUAAUAACAUAAUUUUCACAGACUCCAGACCUAUUUCUUGCCAACAGUAGGAUGCACUUGAUACAUUUAUCUUUUACUUUGAGUGGUGAUUGUUGCCGUUUUCACUGUUGUUUUCAAUAGAAAUUUGACACUAGCACGUCACUUACAGGGAAAUACUAUACAUGUUUACUCAGAAGUAAAGCCCACUGUCUUCAAUGAGACUUCCUUCUGUUCAGCCCCUGAAGGAUGUCUUUGAGGGCAGGACAUUCAGAACUUCCUGCUCUUACAUUUAAGAGCUCAGCAGAGAGAAUCGUUUGCCAAAAGGCGUUAUCAUAGAAGCGCUUGAUAGGUUGGUCAUCCAAGCCCAUAUCCUCAUAAAAAGGAUCUUUCAUGCAUCAUAUAUUGAUUUGUAGAAGAACAUGUGGUAAAAUGCAAGCACAUGUCUUUUGUGAAAGUCUGGUCAAGUGGUGAAAAUAAUCUUACCACAAGUCUACACCAUAACUCUGGGAAGCAGAGUGAGUGGUAACAUUUUCACCACCACACUGAUGAACCAGCUUAUGAAGUGGCUACCUGGUGAAGUCAUAUGCCAGAUCCCUUAUCGGUUAGCAGGAGGAGAGUGCCAGCAGCAGAAUAAUAAGGACCCCAGCUCUGCAGGGGAGGUUAGCCAUGUUAUGUGGAAACCUAAACAUCUCACCCACUAAAAUCUGUCACAUAUCCCACAUGAUGUUGUAGCAGCAUUAGGAUGCUCCAAUAGACUUUCAAUCCAUAUUUGCAUUAUAGUAACACUUUCCAUCAUUAUAUUGUGUUGACUCAUUAGUUCAAACUCACUGCCAUUUACAAUCAAAAGAACAUUCUGGAUUAAUGGCCUGCAAUAGGCCACACUGUUCAGUGGAGGAAAAAAUGGAUAUUUGUACCAAGAUCAGACAGUGGUUUGGAAGCUAAUCUAUAAAGGAAUAUAUGGGCUGGCUGUUCUAUGCCUUAUUCCUAGGCAUGCUAUUGUCACUGCCACAACAUCCAACAUCUCAGUGAUUUGGCUUUGCACUUCCCUUCAUGCUACCGCUUUCCAGCCUAUUUCCUCUGGAGAUACAUUUCUCUCUGUCUCACAGAAAGGGGCACAGAUAGUAUAUCCUGAAUGCAGUGAAACAAAUUAACCAACUUCCAGUCCCACCAGCUGAUUUCAGCACUCUACACAUUUUCUAUACUGCCAAGCAUGGCAUCAGUUCCCAAUUGUCUCGUACGCUGAGCAGACGUCCCUCAGCUCAGCGAUUAAGAGAAGCUAAAAGUGUGGGUGAACCACUUGUUGCAUGGUUUCUACCUGGAAAACAUCUCAUGUGCCCUCUAAACAUGUGGGGAACCAAUAUUCUGUAGGCUCCAGCCACACAGAAGAAUGCCAUGUCCUAACAGAGCGGGAGCUUCCUUUUGGUGCUUAACUAAGGACAUUUUUCUCUACCCCAACCCUUCUCUCACACAUUUCUACUUCCUGAUCCCAAAUUCCAUCUACUGUAAAGAAUGCAACAUUUUAGUUGACAUUAUUUUCCAAAUAUGACAGUCUCUUCCUAAUAAGGGACUGUAGCAAUAAGUAAACAAACAAAUAAUUUUUUUUCAGGUGUUGUUUUCCCAACAGUUCCUUGGGGGGAAGAAAUGCCAGUUGAAUUUCUGCCUGAAAUAUAGCUGCCCCCAAAAGUGGCAAAUCUACAGAGGCCCUUCUUGAAUUCCUGCCUUUGAAAAGGUGGCCAAAUAAGCAUAGUUUAACCCCAAAUCAUGACAUAAGAAAUUAAUGUGGGUUUCAGGUAGUUUUGUGAAUUUCUUCUUUGUGCAAAAUGCUUUCUAACGGGGCAGGCGAGUGAAAUCAUGCUCAUUAUUACAUCUUGAAGAUGUUCACCCAUGUGUCAGAAUGAUAACACUGCAUAAGUCGGAUCAUUAUUUUCUAGGGACUUCCUUCCAAACCCAUGAACAUUAACAGGAGGUUUGGUAAUUAACUUCAGCAAGCUGGUGGAGUUCAGCAGUAUAAAUCGGUGGCAAAUUCAUGCUGCUCUUUGCUCCCAAGCCUGGUUCUUCAAGGGUAACAGAUACUACUUUGCAUUGCCUGUUUUCCAAACUAAUCUGUCAUUGAAGCAACUGGCACAAUCAAGGUCUGAUGUAAAUCCCAUGGAAUUUGAUGGAAACAGUCACAGUUAGGCUAUUUCUCAGCCAGCAAGGUCAGAAAAGAAGCUUUAUCAACUGUUGUGUAUUCCCAUGACAACACUUUGUAUUGUUAAUGACAUCAUUUGGUGCAAAAUAGUAAAAGUUGCUGACAACCCUUGUAGUGAGGGAGCCUUAUUAAUAUUCUGUAGGAAGAUCACUUUAAUGAGAUAUAUUUUGCACCACUUUGAUAAGUUUUAACUGCAAGGUUUUUAAUUACAUGAUUCUUCCCUUUCCUGGGCAGCCAAUUUCCAGAAUGCAACCAAGUAGCCUUUUUCAGAUUAUUUCUGUUAAGUUUGUUUGUUCUUCCUCCUUUGUUGUAGGACAGCUCUGAUUUGGAGCCUCUGUUUAAGAGGAAAAAAAUCACCAAUACCUAUCUAUACUGUUAAGUCUGCUUCUUCUGCAAAACGAAACAUUGGCCGUCAUUGCUGUUCAUCUCACCCAACCACCCCACUAUAAUCUACAUCACUGUUGUACUCAAACCAAGUAAACAAAUAAAGUUUUGAACUUUA